CGGCUAGCUGCCAGUAAAGUCUAAAAAGUCAUCAUCUGUAAGGCACAGACAGGCAGCCAGCGAGGGAGAGAAAGGGACUGCAAUCAGCAACGGAUCUGAAGUCUAUGCAGGAAGGAGCAGGGCAGAGUCAUGUCUGGGAUUUACAGCGAAGUUGCUGCGGAUGAGAACACCAGCGACAGUUUCUGGAUGCCCAAUAACUACAGUAGCACGGUGAAGCGCACAGAAGAUGGCCACCGGCUUUGCGAUGAAAUUGUAGCGUGUUUCCAAGACAGAGCCAAGAUUGAGCGUCAGUAUGCUCUCCAGAUGGAGGAAUGGACCCACAAGUGGAAACCUCUGGUAGACAGCAGCCCUAUGUAUGGUUCUCUCCUGCGUGCCUGGCAGGCCUUUAUGAGCGCCACAGAACGUCUCAGUGAGCUCCAUACGCAGAUCCAGAAGACGCUGGUAGCAGAGGAUUCAGAGAAGAUACGCACGUGGCAGAAGGAGACAUAUCAUCGCAAGAUAUUUGGAGGGUUCAAGGAGUCCUGUGAGAUUGAGAAUGGGUUCCACAAGGCACAAAAGCCAUGGGCCAAAAAGUUAAAGAAGGUGGAAAAUUCCAAGGCUGCUUACCACAAAGCCUGUAAGAAGGAGCACUUGGCCAUUGUCCGAGAGAACAGCUCCAAAAUAAACCCGGAACUGUCCCAAGAGAAGUUGAAGAAACUCACAGAGGAUCAUGAGAAAUGCACACAGGACAAAGAAAAGGUAAAGCAGAGGUAUGAGAAGUCCCUACAGGAACUGAAUAAGUAUAAUCCUAAGUAUAUGGAAGAAAUGGAAACAGUGUUUGAUCAGAGCCAGCAACAGGAGCAGAAGAAGAUUCUCUUUCUCAAACAGGUCCUUGGGUCUAUGCACAAACAUCUGGAUAUCACCACUAAUGAGAGUGCAAAGACAGUGUAUGGGGAUUUAAAUGACGCAAUUGUCGCUGUAAAUGACCAAGAGGAUCUAAAAUGGUGGAAGAACAAGCACGGGCCUGGAAUGAUAAUGAACUGGCCUCAGCUGAAGGAGUGGACUCCGGACACAGAGCAACAAAUUGUGAAAAAGAAGACAGUGAAAGAGACAGACAAGGUGAAGUUAUACAGUGUAACGCCUACAGAAAGCAGUCAGAAUAAAGCUCCUAUCAAUGUUCCUGGGGUGCGUGUUCGAGCCGUAUAUGAUUAUUCAGGGCAGGAAUCUGAUGAGCUCAGUUUUAAAGCAGGUGAUGACCUCACAAAGAUUGAGGAUGAAGAUGAGCAAGGCUGGUGCAAAGGAGUGACAGAUAAAGGACAAGUAGGACUUUACCCUGCCAACUAUGUGGAAGUGAUUUCUGGAUGAGGUGGGGGGAUGCAUGGUGCAAGGAGCAGAGAUGCAAAGACUGAAUGCGGUUGCUUAAAGAUUUCUGCAAGAAGAAACGGAGGAAGCAGCAGCCUUACCUUGUAGUUGCUCCUCAACACAAACCCUACAAGAAAUACCACUGCUCUGGAAGGCAUUGCCAACUGACAGUAUUCUUCUCUUUUAUACACAGAACUAAAAUAUUCUUUAUAUCGUGACUCACGUGGAAGGCAUAUCUACUGGGCUGUAGUGUCCAUGUGGUGCCAAAUUAUUUUCAGCCAAGAACUCAAAGCUCCCUUAGGUGUGGGCAUUGGUUCCUCUCAAUGCAGAAAGUCAAGGACUUCAAUAAUAUAAUCCUGAAUGCCUAAAUCUGGUGGCACAUGGGGAGAUUAGUCUUCUCUGCUGCUGGCGACUAAUCUUCCUUAAAUGCCUUCCCACGGGCAAGAAUGGUGGGGUGGCAUUUGCAUCGCUUCGUUUCCCGAAAUGUUUCCUCAUGAGGCAACUUCAAGUGACUUCGGAAAACGAAGAGAUGCCACCAGCCAACUAGUAACUAGAUGUUACUGGGCCUCACAGCAAAAUCAUUUUAGGGACCCCAAAAUAUCUAGUUUUACCAAUAUUAUUAAAAUGCAGGCCUCAUGGGGCCCCCUAUACCUCUUGGGCCCCCUUGCAGUCGCAGGAUCUGCUUCCUCUGUAGUUUUGCCCCUGCCACCAGCCUUAGUGCAAUAACUCAGCAGCCCAGGAGAAGCUUUUUGUUACUGCCAUGUUUGCUGAAGCAGUGAAAGAUAUGAUUAAAGUGUCUGUACCACU